AUGAUCGCCGAAUCCGAUGUCGCUGUGAUGCCUUACAAUACUCGUCGCAAGAUACUUUCUUUACCUUCCCUCGGAAUACGUAUACCGGUGGCUCACGGCUCCAAAGCAACACCGCGGCUCUCUCCGCCCGCUUCUACACUCAGUAACAAAUUACCACUAAGGAAACAAAAGCGCACGCACACCACUUCACCGUCUCCAUCGCCUCCGUCGAAACGAGUCUCUUUCAAAUACGAAAAUACACCACCUCCAUCCCCCCCUGCGACCGACACGCACACUUGUUCAACUAAUCAUGACGUAAACCAAAUUGACUUGGAAAAUAUCAACGACGAAAUUGUUGAGGCUGUCAUCAGCCAACUUCACAAGACGGGAAAUCGGCCCCAUCUCGUUAAAGAGCUUGCCGCAAUUCUCCGUCACACCGUCAAAACCGUUGAACAAUCGGCUAAUCCAGCUGCCAUCAUAUCAUCUCGAUUGUCCUCUUACAUAAAGCGAGCAUGGUCCGAAGACGUGCCCUGUCCGCUAACGAAAGAGCUGGAAACUGCGCAUCCGAGACGAACUCAUUAUUACCUCACAAAGUAUCCGUGCCAGCCUACAUUCGACCCUUCAAGUCGCACCACCGUACCCCCUGAGAUUAUUUCACCAGCGACUUCAAGCAUUUCUUCCCAGUCCGAUGAUAUAGACGCCGAACGGCGAAGAGAACUUUCACCGUCACCCGAAGUCGAUCUUUCAUCGCCAGAGUAUGAAGAUGAGAAUACUAAAUCACCACGACCACCUUCUUUAGUCGCCUUCCCCAAAAGCCGCGAUCCUCUGGAAAGUCAGCGGUUCACAUCGCCGCCACUCGAAAAAGAUGAAAAGGAAUUCACCCAAACUGCACGAGGUAUGCAACGGCGUAGACCAGGAGAUGUAGUAAUGGAUGGGAUGCCUUCUGAGCUAGGCGAAUACACUUCCAAGAGUAAUGAAUGCGAUCCAUUCUUCGGCAGGCAGUAUUUACUGCCCUUAGGCCUAGUAUAUACGAGUAGUCCCGCGACAAAAUCAAGUGCUCUUAACUGGUGGCGAAAUCUCGAAGAAUCAUGUGAAAUUUGGGGUCGUAUUGAUACCACUUGGGAUACCAGGAGCCCUGAAAAUAUUGAACUCGAGGAGCUCGAUGGUAUGCUAGAAGAAAUAUAA